UGUAAUGGUUCCGCCCGGAUACACUGACAGAUUUAUCCAGUAACAUUCAAUUCCCUCGCUGCUUGACAUCAUCGUUAUUAAAGGUGUGGACGUGUUGAGUUUGGACAGCGCCACCAGGUGAACAAGAAUGAGCCUGGUUGGACAAUCUAAAGGUGUUGACCUGCCGGCCCUGCUGGAGCUGCUCUGUGGCCUGUGGAGCAGGAAAGAGCAGGACGAGCUGCGUCAGGUCUUAGCUGGCAGUUUUUCUCAGAUGCAGCAGCCUCUCUCUGGUCUGCUGGACAUCCUUGAGGGCUGUGUCACCAUCCAGAAGCCCAAAUCCAGCACGCUGAGCCAAUUGAUCCUCUCUGAGUUCAUGCGGUGGAGGAGCAAUAAUACACAGGUCGGUCUGGACAUCCUGGAUGAAGAGGAGAGGUUGCGUUUACAGCGCCGGGCCCUUGGGCUCCUCACCGACUCUCAGCCCGGCUUCAUGGAGCCCCUGCUGGAGGUCUAUCAGCUGAAGACACUGAAGCGCCCGCUGCUGCUGGAGCACGUGGACACCUUGCACUGCUGCUGCUGCUUUAAAGAGGCGCUGGUGUUCAGUGUAAAAGUGGAGCUCCAGUCGGAUCUGGACAUGGAGAAGAUGUGUGUUCCUCUCAUCCUGCUGGACAAGCUGUCUCUGGCCGAGCUCUACGUUCGUCAUCAUCCAGAUCUGCAGAAGAGACUCAUCUCCCUGCUGGACUCCUGGUGCCGGCCAGACUUCAGCACACAGACACUAAUCAGUCAGUUUCCUCAGCUGGUUCUCUCCAAACAUCAGACAGACCAGAUUCAGCCCAAGCUACUUAGCAAACACGUCUUCAGACUCAUGGAGAAGUUCCACAUCGACCCAGGUCUGUGCCCGAAUUCAGUCUACAAGAGGAAGUCAGACUCGCUGAGGUUUCUCAUGUACAAAACCUUUGUGGAGAAAGGCAUGUCAGAAGAGAACUGGAGAGACCAUGUGCAGGCCAUGAUUGAAGGUGAUUUGGAGCUGCAGGUUCAGCUGGUUCAGCUGCUGGUCAAACACUGCAGUCUCAAGGCUGCUGCUCAGUGGUCUGCACAUUACAAAUUACCCAGAAACAGGCUUCCCAUUGGAGUCUGGGACAAGAUUCAGAGCCUCUCUCCCCAGCAGUUAGAGUUGGGUUCUGUUAGCGGCCCACCAGAGUCUUGGACGCCUCUACAGUCUGAUCAGGAGAAAUACUACCAGCUACCUCUGCCCAGAGAGAACGUCCACUUUGUAGAGACGUUAGAUGAGGUUGACAAGUGCAGAGAAGCUGUUUUAAAGUCGGGCUGUGUGGUUGGAAUGGACAUGGAGUGGAGGGCCGGUUUUGGCACAGUGUCAUCUCAGCGCGUGGCUCUGAUUCAGCUGGCUGUACAGAAUCAGGUGUUUCUGCUGGACCUUUGUGCUCAUGCCAUCAGCCACCACAGCACCACAGUGGACUUCAUCAAGGCUGUGCUUUCAGACAAGAAAAUCCUCAAGCUGGGUUAUGGGAUGUCUGGAGACUUGCGGAGUCUGGUCAGCACGUGGCCUGAUCUCAAGGAGGAGCCCAUGAAAAUGGAGGGAGUUCUGGACCUGCUCCUUAUCCAUCAGGAGCUUCAACGGUGCUGGUUAGGCAACAAAGGGUGCAGGUCAGUGGAAGUGAGUGAGGGACCUGCGGAGAAGGGCCUGAGUCUGCUAGUACAACAGGUGUUGGGAAAACCACUGAACAAAUCCGAGCAACUGUCCAACUGGGAGCGCCGGCCCCUGCGGACCAGCCAACUCCGCUAUGCUGCUGCAGAUGCAUACUGUUUGCUAGACAUCUACCUCAUCCUCUCUCGAGAUCCCAAAGCUUUUGGAUUGCCAGAGGAUCUUCGCUCUAUUCCUGCAGCCCAGAAGCCUAAGAGCCAAGAGGAGAAAAAGCCCAAAGACAAGAAGCAGUUUAAAAGAAGAGAGGGUCGGCAGAAGACGAACGAGCCCCAUUCUGUGGAUAAUGACUUUAAGGUGAAUUCAGAAUAUCAAGGGCCCACCAUCAAGCCACCAGAGCUGCGAGUUGUAUGUGACAACAUGCUGCAGGGUCUGGGUCGUUUUUUGCGUUGUCUGGGAGUGGAUGUCAAAAUGCUGGAAAACACAGAUGACCAUAAAGUAGCAGCAGAGCUGGCUCGUGCUGAAGGUCGUGUCAUCCUUACAUCAGGCCAGCCCUACCAAUCAUUACGUUCACAGGUUGGAGAGGGCCGCUGCCUGACUCUGGACUGUUCAGAAAAGGCACGAGACCAGGCCGUGCGUGUUCUUCAACAUUUUCACGUUCACCUUACUCCUGCAGACAUAUUCAGCCGGUGCCAGGCCUGCAACUGCAACGAGUACUUUAAACUUAGCAGAGAGGAAAUGACACGCAUGAUGAAAGAGAGAGGUCUUCUUCAGAACAUCGUGUCCAAGCGGGAUGACUGUGUCUCACAGGGCGAGACGCAGGCGGAGUACAGCAGCUGGAGGCCCCCCGAGGGCCCCCAGUUCACCCCUCACUGCCGCUGGGCCCCUCGAUCAGACCUGGACCCCCAGACCUUCAGGUUCCCCAGUGGAGCAGAGGUGCAGCUCGAGACUGUCCCGCCAGGCCUCCUGCCCCGCAUCCCCGUUUACUUCAUCUGCACCGGCUGUGGGAAGGUCUUCUGGGAAGGCACUCAUUUUGACCGAGUGCUGUCGCAGUUCCAGGAGGUCCUGCAUGUCUGAAUCCUGGGAUCACAGGUGUCCAGCUCUUUCAC